AUGCUUCCAUACGAUUGCAUUGAUGAUAAAAAAUUCACUUCAAAGAUAUUAUUCCUUGAAUGGAAUCCUAUUAUGGAUAUUGCUGCUCUUGCAAACUCAGAAAAUGAAGUCUUUACUCAACGAUUAUAUUCUCAAAAACAUAUAUGGUUGCAUAAACCUCCUAAGAAAAGUAGCAAAAUUGUUAAUAUAAAAUGGAGACCAGAUGGCAAAAUUUUAUCAGUUGGUUAUCACAAUCAACAUUUAGUUCAAUUCUUAACAGUUGGAAAUGGAAUUAAUAUAUACACAUUAAAUAUACAUGAUGAUAUUGAAUAUUUUAAUUGGAAAUGUUAUAUGGGAAAUUAUUUUAAUACUUUUCAAGAAAUAAAUGUUUUAAAUGAGAAUGAAUUCCUAGAAGAAACCGUUAAUUUCUUUCCCACUUUGGCAACAAUAAAAAACAAUUUCCCCCCUGGCUUCUUGAUAAAUCGAAAAGACGAAACACCACUACAUGAUCAUUCAUCACAGGAAAACAUGUUCAUCAAUUAUCAUCAUACCAUCAGUAAUAUUUUUGGGGAUGAUAAACUUGUCUUGUUCCAUGUACAUACAAUUCGUGAUAACCAACCUCAAAUUAGAGUUUAUGCCUAUGGACUUUUUUUGUUGCUGACAAUCGAUUUUCCCAUGGAAAUAAAAAAGGUUUUCUUCCCAGAAUGGUCAUCAGACAUGAAGUAUAUGUUUAUUCAAUGUCUCACUGCGAAUGAUCCAUUUGAUACCGAAAAUAUAGUAAUCGUAACAAGCAAUUUGUUUAACGAAUUUAACGAAGAAAUCGUUAAACUGAGCCAUUUGCUAUUUGACCAAAAUGGUCUAUUUGCUGUUAUCGGUCUAAUGGGCGAUGUAAUUUACACGAUCAGAGACGUUUGGGAAUCAUAUGUUCUUGACAUUAACGCUAAGUUAGAACCUCUAUUCAAUCAAGAGCCGACAUGUAACGUUUACGAAGAUUUGUUGGAAUUAAUUUUCAUGGGAAUUGGCGACGAUAGAUUGAAACAUUAUUUCGAGAAACAAUUGACUUUUAAAGAGAUUUCUGACAUUCUCGAAUUAUUGGAAUACAAUUAUUCCAAAAUAUUGAAUUUACUCCAAGUUUUAGAUACUACUUGUUAUAUUUUGUCUCAAAAUAUCGGUGUAAUUAAAGGCGCAUCCUUGAACGUUGAAAGAUACUAUCCAUUUUUUACAGGUAAGAAGCCAUUAGGGAGUGAUGAUCUUAUUGAUACUACUAAUAACUUCGCUCAGGCAUUCAUUGAAGAUUUAGGUGGUUUUAAAAUGAAAAUAAUGGAAAUGAGAAAAGUUUUGACCAAAAAUGUCCAGGGUUACCGCACAUUAUUCAGCAUUAUGAUUACGAUCAUUAGCGAAUUGCAGGGCAUCGAUAACGAUAAUAAAAACAUAUCGCUCUUAAAUAACAAUUGUUAUCAAGGAAAUUUAGAAAAAUGUAUCGAAGAUAUGCACGACUUUUUUUUCGAACAGAAUAUGCCAGAAGAAAAGGGUAUUAAAGAUAUUUUCGCAACGUUUUUUAAUGAGAAUUCGAAUUACAAAUUUGAAAAAAAAAGUCAAAAUAAAGAAAAAUGGGAAAAUAUUGUGAGGAGCUUGUCGAUUGAUUGUCCAUACAUAACUUUACCAAAUGACAAAAAACCCUUUUUAACCUUAUAUUCUUCGUUUAUUGAUCAUUUCACGAAUAUUUUACUGACAAUUGAAACAAAUUUUACCGAUACAUAUAAACAUGGGAAAACACGACAUGAUAUUAUAAUUAAUCCAUUACUAAAAGAAAAGCCAAAUUUAAAUAUAUCAGAUAUUGGAUAUGAUAGCUUAAAGCUAAUAAAGAAGUUCAAAGCUGAAAAGUUAUUCAUAAAUAGAACAGGAGAUAUAGUGUGUUUAUUAUCCAUCGAACAUAAAAGAAUGCAAAUAUAUGAACAAUAA